ACUUUCUUUCUCCCAUCCAAAUCAAUAAACUUUGAAUCAACGCAAAGAUGGCUUUCGGAACUCUUUACACCUACCCAGGCAACCCCCGCUCAACUGCCAUUCGUGCAGUUGCAAAGGCCAACAACAUCGAGCUCGACAUCGUCGAGACCGAGCCAGCUAAGGGAGUCUCUGAGGAUUACCUCAAGAUCAACAAGCUCGGCAAAGUACCAACUUUCGUUGGUGCUGACGGCUUCACCCUCCACGAGGCCAUUGCCAUCGCUAUCUAUGUCACCUCCCAAAACGAGAAGACCACCCUCCUCGGUAAGACCAAGCAAGACUAUGCUUCUAUCUUGAAGUGGAUGUCUUUCUUCAACUCUGAGGUCCUCACAUCCCUCGGUGGUUGGUUCCGUCCUCUCAUCGGCCGUGACCCAUACAACAAGAAGAACGUCGAUGAUGCUAUCAAGGCCACUGCCAAGUGCGUCUCCGUCAUUGAGGAGCACCUCUUGAACAACACCUACCUCGCCGGUGAGCGCAUUACUCUUGCUGAUUUGUUCGCCGCUGGUAUUAUCUCCCGUGGUUUCCAAUUCUUCUUCGACAAGAAGUGGAGAGCUGAGAACCCAAACACUGCCCGUUGGUAUGCCACCGUCUACAACCAGCCAAUCUACUCCGCUGUUGUUGACCCUCUCUCUUUGAUCGACGAGCCAACCCUCAAGAACCAAGCACCAAAGAAGGCUGAGGCACCAAAGGCCGAGAAGCCAAAGAAGGAGGCUGCUAAGCCAAAGGCUAAGGAAGUCGAGGAGGAGGAAGAGGAGGCCCCAGCUGCACCAAAGCCAAAGCACCCUCUCGAGGCUUUGCCAAAGUCCACCAUUCCUCUCGAUGAGUGGAAGCGUCAAUACUCCAACCAAGAGACCCCUGAUGCCCUCAAGUGGUUCUGGGAGAACUACAACGCUGAGGAAUACUCCUUGUGGGCUGUUGACUACAAGUACAAUGAGGAGCUUACUCAAGUCUUCAUGACCUCCAACUUGAUCGGUGGUUUCUUCGCCCGUCUUGAGGCUUCCCGUAAGUACAUCUUCGGAUGUGCUUCCGUCUACGGUUCCGCCAACGACAGCAUCAUCAAGGGUGCUUUCGUCAUCCGUGGUCAAGAGGCUCUCCCAGCUUUCGAUGUCGCCCCUGACUAUGAGAGCUACGAGUUCACCAAGCUUGAUGCUAGCAAGCCAGAGGACAGAGAGUUCGUCAACGAGCAAUGGACUUGGGAGAAGCCACUUGUCGUUAACGGCAAGGAGUACCCAUGGGCUGACGGAAAGGUCUUCAAGUAAAUCAUUACUUCAAGAUGUUCCAAUUUUCAAAAUGAUUUUAGCGUCGAACAGGGUUAACGUGUAAUGAACAAUCAUGACGUGUGGGAGGAUAAAUGAAAACGAAUCAAAUGGAGAUCGUUAUUGGUAUUACUAGCUUAAAGUUUAUGCAACAAUGCAAUCUAAGUUCACUACCAUGCCACUAU